AUGCGCCUCCUGCUCUCGUCAUUCGCCGUUGUGUCCGCACUCGUCGCUGCACUUUCGACAUCUUCGACAAUCGCCGUGCCGACUGAGUCUGAUCAUGCCCGACGCGCUCUUCGUACUGCAGGUGAUGCGACCACGAGUGCAAAACAAGGGAGCGGUGCUCUUCACGGCACGUCUACGCUGGUGGAGGUCCCGUCGUCCAACCAAGAAGAGAGAUUACUCAAAUCUUACCUGUGGCUGUCCAAGAUAAGAAUGGAUUUUGGAGAUAUCGUGACUUUUUUUCGCAAAAAGGGAGUCAAUUUUGGAAAACAAUCGAAAAAACUGAAAAACUUUGGUAAGGCUUUGAUUCAGACGUGUAAGAAUAUCCUCAAGGGCGAGAGGUUGAAAAUUAGUAUGAUCUAA